AGCUCAGACACGACAGACGGACGGAUCGCGAGGAUCAUUAAUUAUACUUUGCUGCGCAGAAAGUUCAUCUCACACAGUCCGGCAACGACAAGACAGAUAUGUAUGCAAUAAGGAUACCAUCAAUUCAUGUACUAGUAGCGUCCACACUACUCGAGACAGCGCUUGCAUCGUCAGGCGCGGCUGCAACAUCCACUUUCUCCACCUCCGUCUGCACGUCCGAUGCAGCCCUAGUGUCCGGCGCAGAGACAUCUGCAGAGACUGUAACCGACUCGGUGACGUCCGUGUUGUCUGUGUUCGCCGUGGGCUUCUCGACCUUGGCCGGAUCGCCCGGGGGAGAAGGUUCACACCGACCUCUACCUUUGCAGCGACUGCAGGCGAGAGAGUGGCAGACGGAUCGCCACUCCACACCCAGUCCUCCAGUAUCCUCUCCACCCUCUCCGUCGAGGGUCCCACGGGCGUCUCCCAACCUCACCUGUCGUCCAUGCGCGCACUCCCCGCCUCGCUCGCGUUCGCGCUGCCCGCCCUCUCGCUUCAAGCUCGGACGUUCAGAGAGCUCGUCCUAGUCAAUGUUCCUCACGGCCUCUUGCUGUACAACGCGGUCGGUCACUCGCAGGCUGGGCUGUGCAUGAGACAGCGAGAUGCGGGGGAUGUACAUGUCGGAGAGCACAGUGGCGGAUUUCGUACGUCGCUUCACAUCCGUGUGUGCUCAACGCACGCGCGCGCAGACCUGUAGCAGACAUCCAUCCUCACCCAACUCCCCCGCGCCUGCCUCUCAUCACGACGUCACAAUCGCACCCUUUAGCCCUGAGCUCACUGUGCCCCCGGUGCUCGUGGACGUCGCCUGUUUAUU